AUGCAAUUUGAAGAUUUACCUGGUGAAUUAUGGUUUCUUAUUCUAUCAUAUUUGUCACCAUUGGAAGCUUUUUAUGCAUUUAGUAGUAUAAAUAAUGCACGUAUACACUCAAUACUUACUGAUAUGUAUUUAGUACGACAAGGUAAUGAUAAAUGUUCAUCAAUUUUAAAUCUCUCACUUGCACAUUUACCAUUAUUUAUGUAUAAUUUUGCUAUAACAAAUAUUAUUUCAUACUAUUCAAAUGUAAUUCAUUCAUUAACAUUAUCUAACCAACAGACACCUGGCGAAAUAAAUAGUUUUCUUCAAAAGUAUUCCUUUAAAUAUGAUUUUAAAUCUUUAAAAUCUUUAUGUUUAAUUGAACCAUCAUCAAAUGAAUUAAAUAUAAUAAUUAAUGAUUUAUCAAACAUAAAAAUGCUUGAUAUUCAAUCAAAAGAAAUAUAUUCAUUUGAUAAAGAUACAAUACAAAAAAUUCUUUAUUCAAAAUCAUCGAUAGAUUAUUGUUGUUUAAGUCAAUUUCAUCAAAAUUUUAUUUCAAAUGAUUCCUAUUCAUUCAUACAAACUUUAAUUAUUGAUUCAUGUGAAUAUUUAUGUUUUAUUAAUAUACUUAAUCAUUUUUGUUUAUUGAAAAAACUUUCAAUUAAUAUACUUUCAAUGUCACAUAAUGCCAUAUUAUCAUCAAAUAAUUUAAUAGAACAUCCAGUAUCAAUUAAAAAUUUAAAACUACGUGCAUUUAGUAUUCCAUUUGAUUAUCUUCUUGUAUUAUUUUGUUUAUUUGAAAAUAUUCAAAAAUUUUCAUUAUCAAUUAUAUGUGAUGAAGGUUUUGAUUAUGUAAAUAGUGAUAAAUGGCAAAUGAUUAUUAAUAAUUAUUGGCCAUUAUUAAAAAAAUUUCAAUUGUAUAGUGAAUUAUGGCAUUUAACAUCAGCAGAUUUCGAUGAACUUUAUCCUCAAUUAUUAUCAUUUAAAACUAAUUCUUUUUGGAUUGAACGUCAGAUAAGAUUUAUUACAGAUUUUUAUCAAGAUAAAAAUGAUCUUCAUCUAAUUUUUUAUUCAAAUCCAUAUCCGGAUCACAAAUUUUCGAAUCAAUGGGGCAAUCCAAUUGAUAUUGCUUUAACUUCAACAAAUAAUAUAUAUUCAUCAUUGUUUAAAAAUACAUAUGAAAAUGUUAAUCGUUUACUUUUAACGAUUUAUAAUAAUAAACAAAUGCGAUAUGAAUUAGAUAAAUGUUCACGUUAUUUUUCUAAUGUUGAUACAUUAACAAUACGAUUUGAACAACAUGUAUCAAGUGCUUUAUUUCGAAUAUAUAUUGAAAAAAUAAUUAAUCUUAGUCAUGUUAAACAUUUAGCAUUAAAUGGUAAAUGUCAUAGUGUGAUAACAUUAUAUGAACUUGUCUUACGUCUUUCCAACAUGACUAAACUAACCAUAACCAGUAAUCAUCGUAUAUUAAUAAAACAAAUAUUUCAAGCAAAAAAUCAAUGUUUAUUAUUAUUAUUAAGUCAACGACUUCAACACUUUAAUAUAUUAUAUGAUGGUGUUACAUCAUAUGAAACAGUACAAGCCAUACGUUAUCAUUUUCCUCACUUGAAAACAUUUUCAGCUUGUUUACCACAUUUCGAAGACUUUCGUGAUGCAAUUCCAUCAUUUAUGCAACAUAUGAAAUCACUUCAAUAUCUUCAUAUUGGUCUUGAAUGUGAUAAUGACAAAAAAAAUUUUACUACGCAAGAUAUGUAUGAUUGGUUUCGACGACAUAAUAUUUUACAUGAAUUUAAAUUACAUAUUGAUACGUAUACAAAUUCCAUACAUAUUUGGUUAUAA